AUGUCAUUUUACUCAAUUGUUCAUCAAAUUUCUUUUUGGAUUAUUCUAGCAUUUAUUUCUAGUUUUAUCAUCAGAUUUAUGUAAGUUGUAAAUUUUUUUAAAAGAUUUCCAGAAAAUCUGCAAUUUUUAUUUUCAGACUUUUAAUGGAUCCGAAUAAACGUGUCUAUAAUCAUACUCCUGGACCAUGUCGGGUUGUUUCAGAAAAAUGUGAGUACUGUAACAGUAACCCGAUUUUUUUUUGAAAAAAAGUUUUUCAGAUAAGGGAACGGCUGGAAUUCAUUUGGUAGAAUCACAAAAUCGUGUAUAUAUUACGUAUGGUUACGGUAGAGGUGAGAAGUUUCCAAAUAAGCUACAGUAUUCCUGGAUUACUGUAAUUUCUUUUAUAAUUUUCUUGGGAUUGCUCAUGCUAAAAAAGUAUUGCUCGUUCAAAUUUUUUGUUCAAAGAUUUUACAGUAUUCCUGGAUUACUGUAUUUCUGAACUCCCGCUUGAAUAUUGUACGAAUUUCUAUAAUGUUUAUAGCAUUGCUCAUGCUAAAAAAAAUAAUUAAAAUUUUUCUGAAAUGAUAAUUCAAGACUGAAUCGUUGCUCAUGUUAUCAAUUUCUUAAUUUCCCAACAUUGCUCAUGUUUAGUGAGAAUUUUGAAUUUUCUCAGUUUUCAAUAUGUCAACGCCGGCCGGAAUCGCCACCUUCGAAGUUCGCAAAAUCGAUCCAACCGCUCAAACUCAAAACCCGCAUAUUUACGAUUUGACAGAACUGCGAAUACAUUGGAAUGGUUAUAAGAAUAAAGUGGGUGUGAGAACGACACUCCGCGUUUACACUAGGAAUUUUCUUUCCCAUUUUGCAGGUGUAAACGCGGAGUGUUGUAGUUUUUCUCAAAAUCAACAUUGAAUGUACAUUUUUCCAGUCAACAUUUUCACCAUCCGGAAUAUCUUCCUAUUCUUCUGCCGGUCGAACUCUUCUCUACAUAAUCGAUUCGCUCAAUUCAUGUAUUCAAUUCUUCCAAGUCAUCGACAAAACCACAAUUUCGCAUCGAAAAGCCAUCUGUGAUCCGGAACAAUUAGCCAAUCUUCAAGAUAUUACUGUCGUUGGCGCUGAUCGAUUUUAUGUCUCUAGUUUGACAUUUUUCAAUAAUCGAUAUUUGCGAAUUUUCGAAUUGGCAAUGCAAAGCACAAUCGGAAAAGUGUAUUUAUAUGAUGGGAAAGAAUUGGGUGUGGCUAUUGAUAAAUUAGCAUCACCUUCAGCUAUUAAAUAUGAUUCGAAUCGAAAUUUGUUGUAUGUUUCGAGUUUUCUAAAUGAGGUAAGUUCCCAGCUACUGAGCUAUUUAUUUCAAAAAAUUCCAUUUCUAGGUUAUCCGAGUUUAUAAAGUUGGAAAAGAUCUCACACUCCAACUAAAAACCGAAAUCUCCACAUUAUCCAGUGUCGUCGGAAUCCACAUCGACAAAAAAAGCGGUGAUCUCUGGGUCGCCUGUCAUCCCGUUCUAUUCCAAACCAUUCUUCACUAUUAUAAUCCGCAUGAGAAGAAUAUUCGAAGUCCCAGUCAAAUUCUACGCAUUCGAAUGCAAGAGGACGGCGUUUCUUGGGUUAUAACUGAACCCUAUGCGAAUGAUGGAGCGACGAUUUCAUCGAGCCAUUCUUUGGCAUAUUUUGAGGAACAAUUAUUGAUUGGUACAACUUUUGGCAGAUUAUUACAUUGUGAUGUUUUGAAUCCGCAAAUCACAUAA